UUAUUUUAAUUAAUUGCGCUUAUUGCAGUGAAGAUAUCAUAUCGUAUCACCUACGUAAAAUGAGAAGUCUCGUGCUUUACGCCUGCAUUUUAAUAAUUGCUCCGUUUAGCUCAAUAGAAUUAAAAAAUAUUAAAAAUCUAAUAGAAACUACUAGAGAUGACAUUGAAGCUUGCCAGAUUGAAAAUAAUGUGACUUAUGCUGAUCUAUACAGUCCCGAAGACAUGAUAACUGACUUACCUACUCAACUCGAAAAUGAAGAAAAAACAAGAAAAAUAGGCUGCUGGAUUGCGUGUAUCUUAAAAAGACAAAAUUUAAUGGAAGAUUCAAACAUUAAGGAAGGGCAAAUUCAUGUAAGAAUAAAUAUAGAGUAUUCUGAUAAUCCUCGUGAAGCCUUUAUGCACCAAAUUGCGAGUAAAUGUAUGAAACAAGUGAGAGAUAUUACACAAGAAUGUGAGAAAAGCUUCUCCCUGCUUGUAUGUAUUAUAAAAACUACUUAUGAGGAACAGAAACAUCAACAACAUGAAAUAGAAAAAGCAGAAAUGAAAUAAAUUAAUAUAUAAAUACAAUCAAAUGCAAAAAUUAAAU